GAGCAAGGAUGCAAUCUGUGCUUACACAAAACAGCUGCAGCCUCAUGGUUCCGCUAUAUUGUAUACUGUAUGUAUCAUUAUCCGAGACAGCUGAAACAGUUACGCUGAGCUGCACUGAUCGCACGAAUACGACGAAGAAACUCAAGUUGAGCGUAAAUGAAAAAAAUACGUUAAUAGAAUCAUGUCGCUAUGCGAUUACAAUUGAGCUACUCGACGGAUUGAUUUUUGACGCUGAUGGUUUGUCUAAUGGAAAUUUCAACUGGCUUUUGAGCAAAGAACUACAUAUGUGCGUAGAAGCAAAACAUACAGACUUCUCCUCUAUUUCCGUGAGAACUAAACUGAUCAAGGGCAAAUGCACUGGACCAUUGCUGCGGAUAAUCAAUAACGACAACCUACAGUUUCUGUUGAUUGAGCCAAAGCUUUUACAAAGCUUUGAAGGAAACUCAGAAAAAUCAGUGACCGUUAGAGGAAAUGAAAAAUUGGAAGAAUCAAAUUUAGAAUUACUGCGACAAUUCAAUGGCGUUGUAGAUCUGCAAGAGAAUGGAGAAUGUGCAAUGCCAAAACUACUUUCGGAUUUUACCAGCAUAGGCUCAAAGUGCACUUCGAUUUACGGCGAUCUUAGAGUGGAUCCAACUACACCUUUUAUCAAAAUAUCGGAUACAAUGAAAGGGAGAUACAAAUAUGAAGGUUGUGUGAUGAUAGAGGACAGUAUUCUAGAAGAUGUGGAGUUUUUGGAGGCGUUUGCUUCUUUCAAGCCAACACCAUUCUGCCGACAGAGCAUUCACAACAAUAGGAAACUAUGUGUGAAAAACAUGAGAUACAUUGCCAAUGUUUUCGUUGAUAUAGAAGUAUAUCGAAAUCGAGACGAAUGCGAUGGAGAGUGUAUUGGAGGUGUUGUUACAGAUAAAUUUUUGAGGAACAAUGAUGGUUGCAGACAUGUGUACGGAAAUUUGUCAAUCGUUGGAUGGAGAAAAAAGCCGAAUGAAGUGCGAGUUUUGCGGAAAAUACAAACCAUAGAAGGGACACUUAUUAUUGAAAACAACGAUGAUCUGCAUAAUUUUACAGAAUUCUCUAAUCUGCGAACUAUUGGCAAACAAACAGGCAGCGAUGUAAUGAUAAGUAUCAAAAAUAAUCCGGAUUUAUUGGAUCUUCCACUACCAUCGCUCAGCUACGCGAGCAUAUGGAAGCCCAAUCCAAGGAUCAAACUUGCUAACAAUCCAAGGCUGAGACGAAAUGGUAAAGUGACAGAUCUUGCGACUGAACGACCAGUGCCAGGAUUUCAAUUUCAAAAAGAUAAGCAGGCUCCGAAAAAAGAAUUAAGAAUUGUUGACGCUGCAUCAGAUUUUUUGAUGCGUUAUAAGUGGUAUCUCAUCGUCGGAGUGGUUGUGACAAUCGUAAUUAUUCUCCUUGUCUUGCUGGCGGUAACUUCGUCAAGACUCAGAAAAAAGUCUAAAGACUUACUUCCCCAUCCUGCCUACAAUCUUUCAAGGCAGUCAAAGGAAGUUCUUGCUGUUAUGUGUAAGGAUAUUGUAGCCAAUACUCCUAUGGUAUGGUGCAUACUCGACCGCCCGUUAUUAUGGAAUAGCGCCACUAAAAACGAUGACUCAUCUGUUUCCUCUCAACUUGGGACGCUGAAGCAACAUAUGAUUUCUGUGGCACCGAAUGCUCUCGUACAAGCGAAAAAAGAAGUUGAUUACAACAGACCACUACAGCAGCGUGUGCAGAUGUUUUUUGAUUACGACUACGUUUUGAUGAUUGGAAACAACAAUGACAUUACGAGGAUAGUCCCACGUCUGCCAAAUCACAUUGGCAGUCUAUCGCUAUAUAUAGAUGGACGGAAUGAUAUUUCUGUGGCUUUUAAACUACUUGCUAUGGUAUAUCUUACCCCAAACAUCAUUCACUAUAAAUACGAAGCCAGAAAUGUUCGGAAAAAAACACAAAAAAUUGUCAACAUACUUUUCUAUCAAUGGGUGAAAAAGAGGCUUCCAACAGAGUUUUCUGAAUUGAUGCAGCUCCUCAAAUUCUGCUCGCAAAGAAAAGUGCUUUGUGUGAGUGAUAGAAGAAAAGAAGUAUUUUCGCUGAUGCAUCUCAUGUUCAUGCAAGUGAUGUGUGUGAGAGAGCCCCCCAAUGUUGCACAAACAUUUCAACAGCAUCUUCGAAUCUGCAACGGUGCUCCACUUGAUCAGUUUGAGAUGCUCUUGGUCAUGAGAUUCAUUCUCAACUGGGCUCAAGAAUCAUCGUGCAUUCCUUCGCAGUUAAAAGAGAGGCAUACGAUGUGGUGCCAUGUAUAUACUCAAAUGUCAGAAUUUUCAGAUAAGCAUUAUAACACCAUGAGCAUACAUCCACAACACCUCUCUGGAGACCUAGCGUGGUUAGAGGAAGAUGUAAAUGCUGCGUACUCUUCUCUGACUGCUAUUUGUUCAUUCUCUGAACAUCCUCGUACUGCAAUGCGUGAUAGAUAUCGUAUGCGAACCGAAGAAGAAAAGAAAAGAGAAGCAAAUUUACAGGCACAAACAGAUCCGAUUUAUAGCGAACCGCGAAAGGAAAAUGAUUACCUACAAUUUUCAUCAUCUGCACGCAACAAAAAAAGGUACAUAUAG